AUGGCCGACGAAGACGCUGACUGGGCCAGAGCACUCGGUGGCGACCCUACCAACGUUGGAGGUGUUGUCCCAUCGCUUGAUGGUGCAGAUGCCAUCAAACACUCCGCAGACGCCAUCGAUUUCGAGGACGAAGACGAGCUGGCAGAUGAUGAGCUGCCCGAAGAGGAGGAAGCAACCGGAAACAACGUGAUUGAGGAGGAUGAGGAGAUGAUUGUCGAGGAGGAAGCUGGUCUAUCCAUGUCUGGGAACGAUAGCCUGGGUGGCUUCCAGUUCCACAUUGGCGAGGAUGAGCUUGGAGGAUUUGAUCUGGGAGAUGACGAACAUUGGAGCCAGAGCUGGGGAGGCAACGAAAUGGACGAGCUGCCUGUGAUGGACGAGUACGAUGAUGGUGGUGUUGUCCAUGCUGGAAUGUUGAAUAACAAUGCCAACAGCAACAACCAUGUCGUGCAUGCCGGUGAACCUGGAGAGUCAGACGAAGAGAUGGAGAUGGAGGCUGCUGGAGGCGACGGGCUGGACAUGAAGCUUGACGCAGAUGAGCUAGGCGAACUGGGAAAGUUAGGGCCUGCCGACAAGAUGGACGCCUCUGGAUUUGAUGACAUCCAACACAUGAACAUCCAGGAGCUCAAUCUGGAGGAAAUUGCACAGAUGGCGCGUCAGGCUGAUCUUGACAUGCUUGCAAUGUACUUCCCCGGGUUCCAAAAGGGCAAGCCUAUGAAGAUGAACUCGCUCUUCUACAACAAGUUUGCUGUUCUGAGUCUGCCCAAGCCUAACACUGCUCGUCCGUGUGUCCCCACAAAGACUAAGCUGGAGGUGGCGCCAGAUGAGCGUAAGAUGACACGAGGAACAGUGUGGGUGGACCAUGCUAAGCGGCGACCGGGUGUUGUAACAGUCACCGAGGCCGAGACGGGGGACGAUAAGCAGGAACUGGCCCGAGAAAGCAGAACCACACAAUCAGCAACAGACCAGCAGCUGCAUUUCGACAUUACUGACUGGAAGAUCACGUGGGGAGAUGAGGAUGAUGGGGAUGGAGACGUGGAUAUGGAUUGCGAGGGCGAAAAGGUCAAGGAGGAACAAAAAGAGGUUGUUCCACAGCUCGGCGUGCACAGAAACGAAGAGGCCUGGAACGACGAGGCCUUGUUUGAAGGCGAUGCUCUCAGUCAGGUGAAGAAGGUCAACCUCGAUAUGAACGACCCCAACCUACUGUUCAUCAACACAGAUGGUCGUGUAUCGAAGAAUGUGACUCCUGCCAUUCCCUCCACCGAACUACAGCUUCGAAACAGAUUUAACCUCAGUAACGACCGAGCCUACGAUAUGCUCAAGGAGAACACACAGAGCAAGGUACGAGCCACUAUUGGCAAUCUGUCUAUCGAUCACUCCAUGCCAGCUCUCCGACUGCAAAGUCCAUUCUACAAAGUGCGAAUCUCGAAGCCUCAGGCUCGUUCGUUCCAUCGGCCAUCAUUUGUGGUGAAACCCAACACUACUGUUCACUUUUCGCGAAUGAAGAUCCGAAAGAAGAAGCGAGACAGGGGAAAGCCUAUCAAGGAUCUUUUGGCCAAGACUACGGACUUGUCGUUGGGUGACUCUGCUCAGUACUUCCUCAUGGAGUACGCUGAGCAAUUCCCCAUGACCCUCUCCAACUACGGAAUGGGCUCUAAGAUGAUCAACUAUUACAGAAAAGCUUCUCCUGAGGAUACUUCCCGACCUAAGCUCCCCGUUGGAGAGACACAUGUUCUGUCGGUCCAGGACAAGUCUCCCUUUUGGAACUUUGGAUUCGUCGAGCCGGGUAAGAUUGUGCCUACUCUGUACAACAAGAUGAUCCGAGCCCCCGUAUUCAAGCAUACACCACGUGACACAGAUUUUCUUAUGAUCCGAUCAACUGGAGGCGAUGUGACUGGGGCUGGCCAAAAGUACUUUCUGAGAAAUAUUCCACAUGUCUUCACUGUCGGUCAAACAUACCCCGUGACUGACGUACCCGGGCCACACUCUCGAAAGGUAACCACGGCUUCCAAAAACCGGCUCAAGAUGAUUGUCUAUCGAGUGCUAAACGCAUCACCUUAUCAUAGAAUCAACGUGAAGGAUAUCGCCGAACAUUUCCCUGAUCAGAUUGACACUCAAAACCGACAGAGGCUCAAGGAGUUUAUGGAGUAUCAGCGAACAGGUGAGGAUCAGGGUUACUGGAAGGUCAAGCCUACCGAUACUCUUCCUGGCGAGGACGGCAUCAGAACCAUGAUCACACCCGAGGACAUCACUCUCUUGGAGGCCAUGCAGGUUGGUGUUCAGAACCUUGAGGAUGCUGGAUAUGGUCGAACUGACGACAUUGAGAGCGACCAUGAGAAUGGCGAGGAGUCUGGUCUUUCUCUGGAGGAGCAGUCUGCUCCAUGGAACCUGACCAGAAACUUCAUCAACGCUACCCAGGGCAAGGCCAUGCUGCAGCUGCAUGGCGAGGGUGAUCCUUCUGGUCGAGGCGAGGGUUUCUCAUUCCUCAAGACUUCCAUGAAGGGUGGUUUUCAGGCCGCUGGUGAGUCUGUCAAUGAGAAGCUUGACAAGAGCAAGUUUGGCGGACACAAGUACAACGUGGCCCACCAGCAGCGUGCAUACGACGAUGAGAUCAGCCGAAUCUGGUAUGCCCAGUGUCGAGCUCUCAGCAACACCAAGGUACCUGAAGAGAACGACGAAGAUUCAAAAUGGGCCGAUGCUGAGGAGCAGCGAGAACAACAAGAGCGGGUGUCUACGCCUGGUUUCACUAGCGCAGCCUUCCCCGACGAUGAUAACAUGUCGCUCAUGUCAGGCGACUCGGCCAUGCAGCAGCGCAACAAGGUGCUGCGAAUCACGCGAAUGGUCAAGGACGAGCACGGUAUCAUCCAGCGAAAGGUCGAGACCAUCAAGGACCCCAGUGUCAUUCGAGCAUACAUUCGACGACGAAAGCUGAUGGACGAGGCCAAGCUAACACUCGACGACUUAGACCCCACCAACGACGAGGAGGCCAACAAGCGAAACAAGCGGCUGCUGGAGGAGCGGCUGGAGGAUCUGCGAAAGAAGGGCGAGCGACGAAAGCAGCGACAGGCCCAGAAGCAGGGUCUCAACACAAUCAACCUCGGCACCGACACUCCUCCCCCUUCAGGCAAGGGUGUCGGCAAAGGCAAGGGUCCGCGACAGUGCAAGAACUGUGGUGCAUAUGGCCACAUUCGAACCAACAAGAGUUGUCCCAUGUACAACCAACUCGAGGGACCUGCCAACCUGUAG